GCAACCCUUUCUUUCUCCCUUUCUCUUUCCUCAAAUCUCCCACUCUCUCUCUCUCUCUUUUUCUCGCACUUGUAGUUGGUGUCCGUUGAGUGCCCACUCCGUAGCUAGCUAACACCUCAAUGAUGCCUUGCUUUUUCAUUUUCCACUCAUUUUCCGCAACUACGUUUCUUCCUUUAUCGUCUUGAAUUCUACUCAACUCAUAUGCCUUAGCCGUUUUUCUCACUCACUUUCACGCACCCACUGCACGAUCUUGCCGGAAACAAUGGUGGAUUCGGGAGGUUCCUCUGGAGAUAGUAUUUUCACCACAAGAACUCCGAUUCUUGGGCAGAAGCUCUACGUGCUCAUCAUCGCCACCGUGGUGGUGGUGCUCGCCGUUUUUCUUUUGAUAUUUUGGUUCUUUCGUAGUCGGAGCUCCAGAGGACGCCGCAUUGGGGUUAAACACAGUGCAGGACUUGUGCCUCUGGUCUCAGAAGAGAUCGGCGAAGUUAACGGGUCGGAUCAAAAGGAAGCAACCAAAGUUGUGACUGAGAAAAACAAAGUGUUUGUGAUAGAUGAUGUGGUGAGGGGGUUGGAUAUUGAGUCGGGGAGCAAGAAGGGGAGUUCAGAGAGUAAAGAUUCGAGCACGACUAGGAGCGACUUGUCUUCGGUGUUGUCGGCGUCCACCGACGGUUUGGGGAACUUUGGGUGGGGUAGGUGGUAUAGCUUGAGAGAGCUUCAAACUGCCACAAAUCAGUUUUCGAGCGAGAAUGUGAUCGGAGAAGGCGGCUAUGGUAUUGUUUUCCGUGGGGUUCUGCACGAUGGUUCUGUAGUUGCCGUCAAAAACCUUUUGAACAACAAGGGUCAGGCAGAGAAGGAGUUUAAGGUGGAGGUGGAAGCCAUUGGGAAAGUAAAACACAAGAACCUUGUGAGUUUAAUAGGUUAUUGUGCAGAAGGUGCUCAAAGGUUGCUUGUCUAUGAGUACAUUGAUAAUGGCAAUUUGGAGCAGUGGUUACAUGGUGAUGUGGGGCCAGUUAGCCCUUUGACUUGGGAGGUCCGGAUGAAAAUUGCCAUUGGGACGGCCAGAGGACUGGCGUACUUACAUGAAGGACUGGAACCCAAAGUUGUACAUCGUGAUGUGAAAUCGAGCAACAUUCUUUUAGACCGGAAAUGGAACCCGAAAGUGUCAGAUUUUGGACUUGCCAAACUAUUGGGAUCUGAGAAAAGCUAUGUUACUACACGAGUAAUGGGGACAUUUGGAUAUGUCUCCCCUGACUAUGCAAGUACUGGCAUGCUUAAUGAGGGGAACGAUGUAUACAGCUUUGGAGUUUUACUCAUGGAAAUAAUAACUGGAAGGGGCCCAGUAGACUAUUCUAGACCACCUGGAGAGAUGAACUUGGUUGAUUGGUUCAAAGGGAUGGUAGCAAGUCGCCGUGGUGAAGAGCUGGUAGACCCCCUGAUGGACGUUCCUCCUCCCCCAAGAGCCUUAAAGAGAGUAUUACUGGUUUGCCUUCGAUGCAUAGAUUUGGAUGCAAAUAAGCGUCCAAAGAUGGGACAAAUCGUCCACAUGCUUGAGGCAGAUGAAUUUCCUUUCCGUACGGAACCUCGUUCUGUUUGAGAUACCGCUCCUCUGCACCCACAAACAUCUGGCAACAACAAAAUUCAAUCAGCAGAAAAGGAAGUGGUGAACAAGGACGAAGAAAGACUUAGGUAGAGAUGAUCAUUCUUGAAAAGGUAUACUACUUCCUAUUGUGUAUAAUUACUGGUUAAAUAGCUGAGGAUGAUGGCAGAGCUUCCUUACGGAAGAGCAUUUCAUGUUGUCUUUGCAUCCCUACUCGACUUAUAUAUACAUAUUCUAUAUGGAGUUGUAAAUAUAUUUAGAUAAAAAUGUAUGUUUGCUUUGAUAACAUUUGCUCCAUAUACUGCACACCAAUCAUACUUAUCCAACUCUUGGUACGAAAAAUAUAAUAGUUGAAGUUUUUGAGCUCUCAAUUCA